UAGGGUUCUCAUGCUCCUGCCCUAUGUGGUCGGGUUACUGAGCAGUGGAGGUGGAGGAGCCAGUGCAGGAAGUGCCUGUUGCUAUGCAGUCCCUUUAUAGUUGUCACAGACUUUCGUUGAUGCUGCAUUUGAUCAUCUGAACAACGGUGUGAGAUAGGGAGUCCUUUCCCCACUGUGAAGACCGGACGUGGAGGCCUAUGCUGAAUGGCAUGAGUGUCAGAGCCAGCCUAGGGGCCUGAUACCCUGAACUGGCAGCUGCCUCCUUCUGCAGAGAACUUUCCUUGACAUCCUACCUGUCUUGCCCCAGAGAAGCAAACAGAUGAACAUGUUCAGCACCUGUGAUUCUUUGUCCAGCAUGUGCCACCUUUCUUGUGGGAAGGCACUUGGGUUCCAGGUCCCUGCCCGCUAUGGAAGCUGCCACCAGCGCUCAGCUUCCUUUACCCAGGAGUCAGAGCCAGAAGCAAAGUUAGAUGGAGAGACUGCGUCGGACAGCGAGAGCCGGGCAGAACCUGCUCCCCCGCCAGCCUCUGCAGAUGAUACCCCGGAGGUCCUCAACAGAGCCCUUUCCAACUUGUCUUCAAGAUGGAAGAACUGGUGGGUGAGAGGCAUCCUGACUUUGGCCAUGAUUGCAUUUUUCUUCAUCAUCAUUUACCUGGGACCAAUGGUUUUAAUGAUAAUUGUGAUGUGUGUUCAGAUUAAGUGUUUCCACGAGAUAAUCACGAUUGGCUACAACGUCUACCACUCCUAUGACUUGCCCUGGUUCAGGACCCUCAGCUGGUACUUUCUACUGUGUGUAAACUAUUUCUUCUACGGUGAGACAGUGACAGAUUACUUCUUCACACUGGUCCAGAGAGAGGAGCCUUUGCGGAUUCUCAGUAAAUACCACCGCUUCAUUUCCUUCACUCUCUAUCUAACAGGAUUCUGCAUGUUUGUACUGAGUCUGGUCAAGAAGCAUUAUCGACUGCAGUUCUACAUGUUUGGCUGGACCCACGUAACGUUGCUGAUUGUUGUAACCCAGUCACAUCUCGUUAUCCACAACCUCUUUGAAGGAAUGAUCUGGUUCAUUGUCCCCAUUUCUUGUGUGAUCUGUAAUGACAUCAUGGCCUAUAUGUUUGGCUUUUUCUUUGGUCGGACUCCACUCAUCAAGCUCUCCCCGAAGAAGACCUGGGAAGGCUUCAUUGGGGGCUUUUUUGCCACUGUGGUGUUUGGCCUUCUGCUGUCCUAUGUGAUGUCCGGGUACAGAUGCUUCGUCUGCCCUGUGGAGUACAACAACGACACCAACAGCUUCACUGUGGACUGUGAGCCCUCGGACCUGUUUCGCCUGCAGGAGUAUAACAUUCCUGGGGUGAUCCAGUCUGUCAUUGGCUGGAAAACGGUCAGGAUGUACCCCUUCCAGAUUCACAGCGUCGCCCUUUCCACCUUCGCCUCGCUCAUCGGCCCCUUUGGAGGGUUCUUCGCAAGUGGAUUCAAACGAGCCUUUAAAAUCAAAGACUUUGCCAAUACCAUUCCUGGCCACGGAGGCAUCAUGGAUCGCUUUGACUGCCAGUAUCUGAUGGCCACCUUUGUCAAUGUGUACAUCGCCAGUUUUAUCAGGGGCCCUAAUCCAAGCAAACUGAUUCAGCAGUUCCUGACCUUGAGGCCAGACCAGCAGCUCCACAUCUUCAACACGCUCCGGUCUCACCUCAUUGACAAGGGGAUGCUGACAGCUGCCACGGAGGACGAGUAGGGGCCACCCAGGGCCGGGAGAGCAGGAGCAGGACUGAGCGAGGGGCAGGUCUCCAAGGCACGCCCUGCUGGUGUGACUCAGACUAUGAAAAGGCUUCAACUCACUAUCUUUCUUUCUUUCUUUCUUCUUUUUUUUUUUUUUUUUGGUAGGGUAUUUUUUAUUUGUGGAUUCAAAAAAAUCUGUAUAUAUAGUCUAUGAUUUAGGUUGUGAGUAAGCUAUAGCUUUGAGUUGGAAAGAAGUCAUGGGGGUAAAAACUGUUUGAGUUUUUUAAACAAACAAAAGUAUUUAAUAAUCCAGAAGACAGUGUUGCUCAGCUCAGGAGUGUGUCUACUUGGUGGUUCUAGCCCCCAUCAGUUGAACUGUUUCUGGGCUCAGACAAACACAGACAUGCAUCUGUGUCUGACCAGUUCAGGGGGCUUCCUUACCUGUGUCGGGGGGCACGGCUUGGAUGUCUUUGCUGUACUGGAGAGCUCUCACCUGGUCGUUUCCAGCAAUCCCUGCUUGGAACCACUGGUGGUUGCCUUCUGUGGGCCGGAAGGAUGGAUGCGUAUUAAGAGAGAAGCAUUCCGUCCACACGGAAAUCCUGCCAAGUGUCAAGAAGCUCUGCUUCAGAGUGUGGUUUUACCUUACUUCAUCACAGACUGAAAGAAAGUUUCAGUUUUUAUUUUUUUUUUUUCAGAAAGCACGAGAAAUUAUUUAUAAUAGUCUGGAGAAAAAAACACACUGUACUAUUUCAAGUGUAUGCAGUAGAAUGUACUGUAACUGAGCCCUUUCCCACGUGUUUUCGGCCCGAGUGUCUCCUGCAGGGCAGUCCAGCUAACUGUGUCUUUUUCAGGGACGCUGCCAUCACGUUUGUGCUGUACACCUGCUGGAUCCUUCCUGGGGCUUUCCCAUCAGGCAGGGAGCGGGGGGCUUCUCACUCGUGCACCCUUUGCCUGAACACCCAUGUAGCUGCUGUGUUGUGUAUAUUUUCCUCCUAAGGGUGGAUAUAUAUAUAUAUCUGUUUGUUUUAAAAAGUCACUUAUGUCUUACAGUGAUUUUCCUUGCACCAUGACUUUUCACUGAAACCACAAAGUCCUGCUUAAAACUAUGGAAAACCUAACCUGAUUAGAGGCUUGACUAUUUUGAAGAUUAAAUGCACACUUUUUAUAUAUAUAAUGUGACCAGUUGAAAUGUAUUUUGUAUUUGACUGGGGUACCUUUUGUUGUUGUUAUUUGCUAAACUGUGAUUUAUUUUUUUCCCUCCCUAAUUACAAAGGUGGGGGUGACUUGGGGAAGACAGCAGUGGAGGGUGGGAGAGAGAAUUUGCUGCCCAAAUGUGUUAAAUUAUUCUGUGCCAUGGUUGCUUUCACUUUCAACGAGGGUGUAAUGACUUGCUUCAGCACUUCGGUCUAGUGGUGGUUUGUGUUGUCUCUGCUUGUAAAUUAGCCUUACUGCCUCCCUCAAAGCUCAUGGUCAACGCAGGUCUCUGGGGUAGAGAACAGAGCCCUCAAAACAGAGAACAGAGCCCUCAAAAUGUUUCGGUUCACGUGUCACUGUGUGACCUCCCACACGUGUGCAGGGCUGAAGCGGCUUCUUUCCUUUGAACUUUCACUGCAUCUCAGCUUCCUGCCUUUUCUUGUCCAGGCCCAAGGCCUUCUUAAAAACAAAACACACGUGACCCCGGGCAGGCUGCAUUGCUCUCAGGGGACUCAUUUUCCGUGCUGUCUUCCCAAGUUCUCUAUUCUGCAACUCUGGCUGAGCAAGUUCACAUCACCAGAGGCUCCUGUGGGUAUUGAGUGAUGUCCUGUGUACCCAAAAAGGAAGUGCUUUCAGGCCUUUUUUAAAUGCUUGUCCUCAAGAUGAGUCAGUAUCUCAGCAACAAAUCUGAAGCAGUGAUGGUGAUCAGUAAUGGGACUGUAGUUUCCAGAUUGGAGAGUGAACCUGGAUCACCGAACCAGAUACGGAAGGGCGCCCGUGUGUCUCUUGUGUCCCUUUGUGGGUUUGUGUGGGGUCCUUGGGAACAGGGAGUGUCACUGGGGUUCAGCAGUGGAGACUGCCUCCAGUGGGGCUGCCUUAGGGAUCGGGAGCCUGGCAGCAGCAGGCAAAGUCGCGGUCCUUUGUGGACGCGGUCACUGAGGGGUCCCGGGAAGCAGGAGCUGGACGCUCUGCCGGCAGGAAGGCCAGAGGGUUCGCCUGGCCUUUAUUUUCUUCCUAUUUCCCCACGUGCUUUCCCGGAAAGAGGAAUUUCCCUGUCAAGUAGCCAGAAGAGCAACGCCACCUUGUGUCUGUAGAGCGCAGCGUUUCUCUUCCUCCUGAUGUUUACAGACAAGAUUCAAAAGGCUGUUUUAACAUACACCCGUGCAGAUCUUCAUGAAUGGCAUUGCUCGCUUUAGACCCAUUUUUUGGGAGGGGGGUCAGAAAUAAAAUGUGACUGAAACUGUG